AUGGCGCCUUUACCUGCAAAGCGCCAUAGAGCCCCAACAGACCUUGAUAGCGAUGACUACGAAUCACCCGACGAAGGCUCUGGCAAUCGCCGGGACUCUAGGAAGCGGCAAAGGCUGUCGGGAGCAUCGAACACACCGGAGGACGACAAUGUCGAUGGCGCCCUUCAGGACACCCAGCGUGGUGUGGAGAUGCUCCUCGACGGCAAUGGCGACACUUCCUUCCUCGACGAGUCAAUGAUUGACGCAGAGACGGGAGAGGUCGACGUUGAUUUCCUUCUAGGGAACGAAGAAGAUCGUCUUGCCGGACUGAAACGCAUCAUCGAGAAGCGAUUCAAGCAUCGGACGGACAAUAUGCCCGCGGAAAACGCCAUCAUUGAAGAGGUCAAAUGCAUCAACUUCAUGUGCCACGCCCACCUCACCGUUCCUCUUGGACCUCUCAUCAACUUCGUCAUCGGGCACAACGGAAGUGGAAAAAGCGCCGUCAUGACUGCCUUGACACUAUGUCUUGGCGGCAAGGCCACAUCCACGAAUCGUGGCCAAAGCCUCAAAAGUUUCAUCAAGGAAGGAGAGGAUUCCGCCAUGCUAGCUGUAAAGAUCAAGAACCAUGGCUCAUCUGCCUUCAAGCCUGAGAUAUAUGGGAAGUCCAUCAUCGUCGAACGCCAUUUCAACAAGAAUGGCGCGAGCGGGUUCAAGAUCAAGAACGUGAAGGAGAAGGUUGUCUCGACCAAGAAAUCCGACCUUGAGGACAUCAUCGACGCGUUCCAGCUGCAAAUGGACAAUCCCAUGAACGUGCUUUCACAGGAUAUGGCCCGCCAGUUCCUCAACCACUCAACUCCCCUUGAUAAGUAUAAAUUCUUCAUCGAGGGUACACAGCUUGCUGCCUUGAACCGAGACUACCGCAUCCUAGAGGAGUAUCUGAAUGAAAUUGAAGCCAAACACGCCAUCAAAAAGCAAGACGUGGAAGUCCUCGCAAAGAAAAGGGAAGAGGCCAAGGAAAGGUGGCGCGCGGCUGGCAAGCAAAGUCAAAUGCGUCAGAAGGCCUCACUCGUGCAAAGGCAGUACGCUUGGAAGCAAGUUGAGGUCGAAGAGGACAAGAUGGUAGGUGCGGAUACACACAUGGCCGAGGCUGAAGCGGAGAUCAGCCAGAAGACCGUGGAGGUUGAAGAGGCUUCGAACAAAUAUGAUCAAUGCGUGCGAACUCUUCAAGAAGCCGAGCAAAAGGUGGAUGAAUACGACGAAGAGAAACGGCCCAUUCAAGAAAGGCUUGAUGAUGCUAAAAAGGUCUUCAACGAGGGCAAGGAGGAGCUACAGGAGCUUCAAGCCCAGCACCGACAGAUCAAGUCCUCUCUUCAAGGGAACAAUGCCAUCAUCAGAAAGAUCGAAGAGGACAUUCAGGAAGAAAGACGGCGUCAGGAGGAUGCAAACGGAGGAGACCACGGGAGACGUCGUCAGGAAAUUGAUGAGGCCAAGGCCAUAGCUCAGGAGAGGAAGGCGGUCGUUGAGGAGCUCUUCAACGCGAUUCCAAGCCUGGAGCAUGCCCGGGAUGAAGCGAGGACUCACUUGGAGGCAUUCCGGCCCACGUUGCAGCAGAAGCAGAACGACGUUAUCCAACAAGAACGACACAUUGGCGAGAUCCGACGAAACCGGGGUAGCUGGAACGCGGGAUUCGACCAAGGCCUUCACGCUCUGUUGGGUGCUAUAGACAACGAGAACAGGUUUCGCAAUAAGCCUGUUGGGCCUAUGGGCCGUCACAUACGUCUCCUGAAGCCGGAAUGGUCUGGCAUCUUGGAGAAGUCGGCCGGCAUGCAACUCAAUGCGUUUGUCGUUACCAGCAAGCACGACGAAGGCGUUUUGAAGGAACUCAUGCGCCGAGUAAAUUAUCCCCGUGACCCUUCCAACACCACACCAAUCGUCAUCGGUAACCCUACGCCUCUCGACACGUCAGGAAAGGAACCCGACCCUCAUUUGUUGACGUGGAUGCGGGCGCUCAAGUUCGACAAUGAUCUUGUUCGCAAUCAAAUGAUUAUCAACAACUUGAUCGAAAACACUGUUCUCAUCGAAGAUUUCGAUGAGGCAUACAACUUCGCUUUGGGCUCAGGCACUGGCGAACAUCAUCCACGACCCAGGAAUGUCAAGCAAGUUUACACGAUGGCCAAAAACAAGCGAGGCGGAGUCCGGUUCGGCUGGAGUCUUUCGGGCGGUGGCACACAGGCGCCCAUACAGACGUCGAAUAACAGAUUACCUCGGAUGCAGACGGAAGUUGAGUCUCGAGUCAAUGUGGCCACGGAGGAGCUUCGUCGCUACAAGCUUGACUUGCAGCAAGCCGAGAACGAGUUCCGCGAGAGGCAAUUAGCCCUGAAGCGUGCGGAACAAGCCCUCAUAAGACACGACCGAGACUUUCAGAAUGCAAGGUAUGCGGCACAGGCAGCGGAGGAGGACUGGGAACGUAUGAGCGAUGCUCUUGAGCAAGAAAGACCACAAGUCGGCAGACUUCAAGAACUCGAGCGUCAGCUGGAAGAGGCUACGGACGACAAGGAAACGAACCUCAACAUGAUCAAGGAUGCUACUGAGGCGCGCGAGAAAAUCAACGAGCAACAGCGAGAGCGGAGAAGUCAACAAAUGCGUAUUGAGGAAGAGCUCUCUGAGCUCAACGCAAAACUCAGCAAAGCUCAGAUUCGGGUGAACAGGGUCCAAACGCAUCGAGAAGCUGCCCUGCACGACAAGAACCAGGCAUACGAGGCCAUGGAGCUCGCUCAUGAGAGGCUGAAAUCUUACCAGCAACAACGCGAAGAGCUGCAGCAUGAUAUCGCUGCCAUGGUAGAACAAGCUGCUCAAGUUGGCGAACGGCCACACAUCGCGCACGGAGAGACGGUUGAUAGCCUGGGUCUGAAAUACCAGAAGCUACAAGAAGAGAUUGACAGACAAAACCAGAGGCAAGUACUGGGAGGAUCAGAAGAAGAACUGCAAACACAGUACUUGGAAGCCGUCGCGGCGCACAAGACGGCUGAGAAAGACAUUCAUGAUAUGGAACAUGCGCAAAUUGUUCUCAAGGGUUCUUUAGAUGGUCGCAAGGCUAGACUAGUCAUCUUCAAGCGAGCGAUUGCCGAUCGUUCGAGGAUCACAUUCACCUAUCUCCUUGCGGCUCGGAAAUUCCGAGGCGACCUCAGGAUUGACCAUAAAGCCAAGGAGCUCGAUCUCGCGGUCGAGCCUGACAUUAUGAAGGCUGGAGCUGAAGGCCGGCAGACGAGAACGUUGUCGGGCGGUGAAAAGUCGUUUUCGACGGUUUGUCUUCUCCUAUCCCUCUGGGAUGCAAUGGGGGCGCCCACUCGAUGCUUGGACGAGUUCGAUGUGUUCAUGGACAGCGUCAACCGCGAGAUCUCGAUGAAGAUGAUUAUCGACGCUUGCCGGUGUUCGGCGAUGCGACAGUUCCUGUUCAUCACUCCGCAGGCGAUGGGCAACGUGUCCUUGGGCCAAGACGUCAAGAUCAUCAAGAUGAGCGACCCCGAACGUGGCCAGACGACAUUAUCGUUCUAG